UCCAUACAUAGCAACACACCCUUUUCUCUCUGCAACUCUUUCUCUCUGAAUUGCAAAUCUCAAAAGGCUCAAAAAAGUUAAAGUGAGAGAGAGAGAGAAAGACAACGCACAGCCACAUCAAUUAUUCACUUUCCUUUCCAACUUUCUUCUUCUUCUAAAAAAUCCAUCAUCACCGCUGAGAUCUCAGACAUCUUGUUUGCUGAAAAGAAAAGGAGUACUUUAGAAGGAACUUUUAUCCAUGACUAGCUCUACAAAAAUUUUGGAUCCUGCAUUCCAGGGAGUGGGUCAAAGAGUAGGGACUGAAAUAUGGAGGAUUGAGAAUUUUCAGCCAGUUCCAUUGCCCAAAUCUGAACAUGGGAAAUUCUACAUGGGAGAUUCCUACAUCAUCUUGCAGACAACACAAGGCAAAGGAGGCACUUAUUUUUAUGACUUACACUUCUGGAUUGGAAAGGAUACAAGUCAGGAUGAGGCCGGAACAGCAGCCAUUAAAACUGUUGAACUUGAUGCAGCUCUUGGAGGGCGUGCAGUGCAGCACAGGGAAAUCCAAGGACAUGAAUCAGACAAGCUUUUGUCAUACUUUAAGCCCUGUAUAAUACCAUUAGAGGGGGGUGUUGCAUCUGGAUUUAGAAAACCUGAAGAAGAGGAGUUUCAAACACGUUUGUAUAUAUGCAGGGGGAAAAGAGUUGUCAAAUUGAGACAGGUCCCUUUUGCAAGGUCUUCGUUGAACCAUGAUGAUGUAUUCAUCCUAGACACUCAGAAUAAGAUCUAUCAAUUCAAUGGUGCAAAUUCCAAUAUUCAGGAAAGAGCCAAGGCUUUGGAAGUUAUACAGUUUCUUAAGGAAAAAUAUCAUGAAGGAAAAUGUGACGUUGCAAUUGUUGAUGAUGGCAAGUUAGAUACUGAGUCAGACUCUGGUGAAUUUUGGGUCCUCUUCGGUGGUUUUGCUCCUAUUGGAAAGAAGGUAAUCAGCGAGGAUGAUAUCAUUCCAGAGGCAACUCCUGCUCAGCUUUAUAGUAUAAUUGAUGGUGAGGUCAAGUCUGUGGAAGGGGAACUUUCUAAAUCACUGUUGGAAAAUAACAAAUGCUAUUUACUGGACUGCGGUGCUGAGGUGUUUGUCUGGGUUGGCCGGGUAACGCAAGUUGAAGAACGAAAAGUAGCUUGCCAAGCAGCUGAGGAGUUUGUUGCAAGCCAAAAUAGGCCAAAAUCUACAAGGAUAACGAGGGUUAUUCAAGGUUAUGAGACACAUUCAUUUAAGUCCAACUUUGAUUCUUGGCCAUCAGGAUCUGCUACUAACGGUGCUGAGGAAGGAAGAGGAAAAGUUGCAGCAUUGCUUAAGCAACAAGGUAUGGGUGUGAAAGGAACGACAAAAGGUACCCCUGUAAAUGAGGAAAUUCCACCUUUGCUUGAAGGAAGUGGAAAGAAGGAGGUAUGGCGGAUUAACGGAAGUGCUAAGACUCCAUUGUUGAAGGAGGAUAUUGGUAAAUUUUAUAGUGGAGAUUGUUACAUUGUACUGUACACGUACCACUCUGGUGAGAGGAAGGAAGACUACUUCUUGUGUUGUUGGUUUGGCAAAGACAGCAUCGAGGAGGACCAAACAACGGCUACUCGAUUGGCUAGUACAAUGUCCAACUCAUUAAAGGGUAGACCUGUUCAGGGUCGUAUAUUCGAAGGCAAAGAGCCACCACAGUUUGUUGCUCUUUUCCAACCUAUGGUGGUCCUUAAGGGAGGUUUGAGCUCCGGAUACAAAAAUAUGAUUGCAGACAAAGGUUUAUCAGAUGAGACAUACACCUUAGAGUGUAUUGCACUUAUUAGAAUUUCUGGAACUUCCAUUCACAACAAUAAGGCAGUGCAAGUUGAUGCUGUGCCAUCAUCAUUGAAUUCUACCGAGUGUUUUGUCCUGCAAUCUGGCUCUACAAUUUUCACUUGGCAUGGAAAUCAGUGUUCCUUUGAACAGCAGCAGCUUGCAGCAAAGGUUGCUGAAUUUUUAAGGCCAGGAGUUACUCUAAAGCAUGCUAAAGAAGGAACAGAAAGCUCACCUUUUUGGUUUGCACUUGGAGGAAAACAAAGUUACACCAGCAAGAAAGUCACUAAUGAGGUUGUUAGAGAUCCUCAUUUGUUCACUUUCUCAUUUAAUAAAGGAAAGUUACAUGUAGAGGAGAUCUACAACUUCUCUCAAGAUGAUUUGUUGACAGAGGAUAUCCUCAUACUUGACACACAUGCAGAAGUGUUCAUUUGGAUUGGUCAGUCUGUGGACCCAAAAGAAAAGCAAAAUGCUUUUGAAUUUGGCCAGAAAUACAUAGAUAUGGCUGCAUCUCUGGAGGGACUAUCUCCACAUGUGCCACUAUAUAAAGUAACAGAAGGAAACGAACCUUGCUUUUUCACAACAUACUUUUCUUGGGAUCAUGCAAAAGCUAUGGUUCAAGGGAACUCAUUCCAGAAAAAAGUGUCACUAUUCUUUGGGAUGGGCCAUGCUGUGGAGGUAUAG